GAGCUCCGGGGACGGCCCAUGGCUGCACCGCCGGGCGCCGCGCCCCGCUGAGCUCCGCGGGCACCCGCGGCGAUCGCGCUUCUUCUGCCGCCGGCUGGGCGAGGAAACAGAGCAGCCACCAUGGUCCGGUGCUGGUGGCUCGCCGGGCUGCUCAUAGCCUGCGCGGCCGCGGAGCCGCCGCUGCGCUGGGAGCCGCGGUGCCGGCAGCAGUUGCGCCACCUGCAGGACGGCGCCGGGAUCGCGGCGCGGCUGCCGCCCCGUCUGGAGGGACGCUGGGUCUCCACCGGGUGUGAGGUACGCCCAGGACCCGAGUUCCUCACCCGGUCCUACCUCUUCUACGCCAACCGCCUCUUCAAGGCUUACCAGUUCUACUACUGGGACCCCUCCUGCCACGAUCCCUCCUACUCGCUGGUCAUCAAGGGCAAGCUCCGCCUGCGCCAGGCCUCCUGGAUCACCCGCGGGGCCACCGAGGCCGACUACCACCUCCACAAGGUCGGCAUCGUUUUCCACAGCCGGAAAGCCAUGGAGGAAGUCUCCACCUGGAUCAACCAAACCUCCAGCGAGGGCUGCAGUGGGUUCCUGCCCCCGGGACGCACCUGGGCUCCUGGAGCUCUCUACGAACUGCUGAGUGCCAAGAGCGAGCGUGACUGCACUGCUGCCUUGGGCUUCGCCAUGCAUGAGCUGAGCCUGGUGAGGGUGGAGAGGCAUUACCAACCCCUGCUGCAGCCACAGCAGAGUGGGAGCCGGCUGGUGGAGGAGCUGUACCUGGGGGACAUUCACACGGAGUGGGGCGAGAGGCUCCACUACCGACCGACCGGGUACCAGCGGCCCAUGCAGAGUGCUGUGCACCACGUGCAUCCUUGCCCAGCCUGUGGGAUUAUUUACAGAGCUGAUGAACACCACCCCCCCAUCCUACCCCUCAGGGCUCAGCUGCCAAUGCAGCUCAGUGGCAGCUGGGUGAGCACCCACUGUGAGGUCCGACCUGCUGUGCUUUUCCUGACCAGGUACUUCAUAUUCCAUGGUAACAACCACACCUGGGAGGGUUAUUACUAUCACUACUCUGAUCCACUCUGCAAACAGCCAACUUUCACCAUCUAUGCAUCUGGGCACUACACCCAAGGCAUCCCCUCGUCCAAAGUGAGAGGGGGGACAGAGCUGGCUUUCAAAGUCACACAGGCACGGGUGACACCAAUGGACCAGGUGACUGUGAUGAUGCUGAACUCCUCAGAACCUGGAAGCUGUGGGCUAACAAACUCCUGGAGUGCUGGGGUGGAGCAGGAUAUAACACCCACAAAUGGAUGUUUGGCCUUGGGCAUCAAGCUGCCCCACACUGAGUAUGAACUUUUCAAAAUGGAGCACGACACAAAGGACCACAGCCUGCUGUACGUUGGGGAGAGGCCCACGGAUGGAUCCAGUCCUGACAGCCCAGACAAGCGACCCACCUCAUAUCAAGCACCUCUGAUUCAGUGUGCUGGGCCAACAGAGGAAUUCUCUAACUAUGUUAUUCUAAAAUACUUGGGAAAAAAGGAUGCUAAUGGGAAUGAAGCACUAAAACCUUUGCCUGUGGCCUUUUUAUUGUUUAUAGCACUUCUGCUUUUAAGAUGGGACUAAUCAUCUAUUCAGGUACAGCACAGAAUGCAGUCUUGGUGCUAGCGUGACUUUUAUGUCCUUCAAACAAGCACAUCUGGAAUCAGUUUUACUCAGAUUUGGAAAUGCUUUUUUAAAAACACCCAACAAGAGUGAGGGAAGCCAAGAAGAUAAUGGCUGGCUACAUACUGUUUGUCCUGUGGCAUUAUUGCCUAAUCUCCCCUCUUCUUUGCAUACAAGUUUAAUGUAGUGACAUGGAUGCACUGCACAUUGCAAUAGAUAACUUAGCAAUAUGAGAGGGGGGGAAGCUACAUAAAUUACAAUUGCUGCUUUGAGCUUUUGACAUUGCUGAGACCUAAUCAAGAGCUGGAUUCAGAUGUGAUUCAGAGAUCCCAAGUGUCAGCUGAUGAGUUUCUUUGAGGUUAAGUUCCCUUCCAUCAUACUCCUUAUUGCUGUUCUUGCAAAUUUAGUCUGCAGAGUCAGUCAGCAAUAGAUAGUCUGCAAGUGCUCUUGAUAAGGGCACUGUUAAUCGUGCCUUUCUCAGUUUACAGACAUUUUCUGCAGUUUUCACAUGUACGUGCACACACAAGGAUGCAACAUACAAUGUUUCACUUCUGUGUGUACUAAAAGCAGCCCUUACAGAGUUUUAAUUAGCUUGACAAACUGUUAUGCCUGAUCCUGGUCAUAAAAGAAGAUAGUACUAAAAGGAAAAGGCUUCUGUGAUCUCUGCUCCAACCUUCAGCAUCACCUAGCUGCAUUAUCCUUGCUGCAUUAUUCUGGUUCUCCCAGUGCAGUACUGGCCUGUGCUUUGGAACGUCAGCAAUGUCCCCAUGUCACUGCACACCUUGUCCAGCAGGCAAAGGCACUGCCAGGCAAUUACAACUCCCGCUCACCAUGCACUGACUGAAGCAAAAGAUCACUUACAAGUCUUCUCAGGCUGUAUAUUUUCACUGCGUCCUCUUUAGGAAGUGUACUGGCAUCCCAGUUGUUAAUCCAGCUCUCCUUUUAAUCAAAAUGUCACUUCCAGUCACAUUCCUGUUCAGAUGUUUUAUAUAUCUGCCUCUAAUGAACAGUGGGCUGAGGACAUACUCAAAUCAGACAGCACGAUCAGGUCAGACUGAUUUCUACCAACAAGGACAAACUAAGAAAUUUUAUUACCUGUCUGCUGCAGCUAAGAAGCAUAUAACUUACUUGGAGGAGACCUCCCAGAAGCUAAAUCCUCUCCAAAUAAGCCUAUAUAUUUUACUCACAAAGGAUAUUUUGUUAAACCAUCUAUGCAAUAGCUACCUUCUUAAUGCUGUAUUUACAAACUUGCAGCUUGUACUUAGAUAAAUUAUGGGUUUUAUAACAUAAAAAUAAUUUUGG